GUUCUGGUUUAAGUUUUAAUAAGCCAUUGAUAAAACAAAAGCGGGCGUCAUACAUCUAAAGCAAGACAUGAACAUGUUUUCUAGAUGUGUCUUGAUAUGUAGAAGUCGUCCAGAGUUAAAUUUAAAAGAUAUAGUUGGUAACUUUGAACUUACAGCAAUUCCACGAUCGCUCUUCCACCCUGACGGGUCUAUGAUUCAUUUACAGGGACAAAGUAAAUUAAUGUAUAUUUUAGCAGAAAUUGGAAGCAAACAAACUUUGCAUACCAACGCGAAUGAUAAAAAUCAGUAUUGCUAUCAUUGGUGGUAUGGCAGAAGUACAGAUACUUUCGCUGAGAGACUGUACGUAUCUUUCUGACUUGUCACAGCAUUUUUUAAACGAAGUAUUCAAAAGGUAUGGUUUAUAUUCUAAAAUACACGUUAUUUUUUAUAUAUACAUUAAUGGCUCUCUGAAGUCUUCGGAAAGAAUCAGAAGGCAAAGAACUACAGACCCUAUACAUUACCACUUUGACGGUAAAACUAAUAUACAGAAUACUAACCUCAAAAAACUAAUGUCCCAUACAUCAACCAAGGAAGACAUAUCCCAUUAUUUUUUACACAAUAUUAUUGUAUCUGGCAAUAAGCAUAACAAAAAAGUCGUUAGCUCAUUUAAGAAUACAGUAGUCUCCACGAAAUAAUAUUGCAUUCAUUAGAUGUUUUUAAAAGAAGAGUUAAAAAAUUGAGAAUAUUUUCACUAGAUACGAAUGUAUUGGUACUUGCUUUGAAAAGGGCGUCCUUAUUACCUAAUAACAGUGUAUUUAUUUGUAUUUAUUCUAACUGCCGUGAAAUGCCAUUACACCUAAUAUACGACUCCCUUGGCCAGUUAAAAGCUGAAGCACUUUCAGGUCUCCAUGCCCUCUCGGGUGUCGAUGUUACAGGAAGUUUCAAAGGAAAAACUAAAAUUAGUUUUUGGAAGCAACCUCAUCCACCCUUCAGGCGUUGGCAGCUUUGGGCAAAAGUGAAACGUUAAGUGACUCUGAUAUCGAGUUGAUUGAAUUGUUAAUUGGUUCAUUAUAUCCACCAUUGAAGAAAAGUGUGACAAGCCUAGCAGAAAUAUUAAGAUGGUGGUUGUUCACGCAGAGUCAAAUGUCAACCGAAAAUAUGCACCCCACUCGAGCAGCAUUGAAACCAGCAGUAGAGAUGCCACUAUCAGUGCAUUAAGUGGAAUCGGGAUUCAGAGGCUCACCCUUAUUUACCACCACCAACAAAUUACAGUUGGAAAUUUGGCAGUGAUUAGUUUGAAUUAGAACCAAUUAUGUGUAGUCUUUUCUGCGCACCUGAAGAAAUAGUUAAUACAAUAAAAUGUUCCUGUAAAAAACAAUUGUUCUCAAAGAUGCAAAUGUUCUACACAAAAUAUACUUUGCACGGAAAUGUGUGAAUGUGGAGCUGAUCCAGAAUGUCGCUCAAAUUUAUGUUUUUUAUUUUAAAUAAAUUCUAAAAUAGGCUGUUAUUUUAUAUUUUUUAGACUUGUCUUUGUCUUUUCAAAUAUACAUAAAUAUUGAAAAAUAAAAAACUUUUUGGAAGUAUUUUGAACCAUAUUUUAUAGCUAAAAUAUAUUUUAUCACGUAGGGGUAGUUUAACGGUAGCUUUCUCCCUUCUGUCACACCCCAAUGAUAUUCGUAAUCUACACAUUUUUCCGAAAAUUUUGAUGUAUAACACUAUACUGCUUCACAAACUUGCACACGGAGUAGUAAUUUAAAACUGA